AUAUAUAUGUAUCUGGGCGGCGCGGCGUGAGAGCUCCGCACGUGCGCCGCAAAUCGCCGCUCUGACUCGCGCAAAGGGCUGCUCACGCCAUGAGCAACUGCGCCGUCGGCCUCGAGACCAGCUGCCACGUGCUCUUCAUUCUCGCCUUCGCCGGCUUUGUAGCAUUUGACUGGUACCAUAGAGACAACGAAGACCGACCGCAGCCCGCGCGGGACGAUUGGGCGACGGUGCUCGCGCGCUUCGUCUGCCGGCGCCCGCUCGGCCUCGCCGCGCUGGUCACCGCCUACGCGGGGUACAUCUCGCUCGCUGCGUUCGUCGACGUCGACUGCGGCCAAGCGCGCUCCUUGCACCUCGUGACGGCGCUGGAGCAGUACGCAAGGCAAGACGAACUCUCGUCGUUCUCGCUCGACAACUGGGAGAGCGCACAUGAGGCCUCGCUCAACCUCGGCCUCUGCAACGCGAGGCGACGUCUCGGCACUGAGCCGCAUCGCAGUCUCGCGGCCGUCGGCGUGACGGAAAGCCUCAAGAUCAUCUACGCGGCGCGGUCACGGCCGGGUAACGUGAUCACAGCGAAGUCACUCUUAGAUGCGCGCACCACCGAGCUGCGUGUCACAUCGAACGAGUACUUCAACGACCACUGCUACAUCGCCGGCGGUCCUGAUGGCAAGGAUCGACGGUGCUCGAACGCUGGCGUGCGAUCAUGGACCGAAUUCUACUUCCAGAAUAAUGGGAACGUGGUCGAAGACGUCGACGCCGCGGCGCUGGAAUUCGCCAAGACGCCCGAGGGCCGCUACUUCUUCGACGUCUACUUUAAUAUUUUCCACCCGCAGUCAAACGUCUCUGUAUCAGAAAUUUUCUUCAGCAUCACAGACCGGGACAUGUUCAGAAAGUGGGCCAAAGAAUAUGUCUUACCGAUGUUAGAAAGCGCGUCGACAAAGGACACGCGGGUCUGCUGGCUGAAUGGUGAUCUGAACGAUAUAGAGGUCGAAGAGGCCGUGACGCACGAUUCCUUGCUGGCGAUUGGGUCCCUGAUCUUCGUCGCGCUCUGCAUGGUGAUCCACACGCGGUCGCCCAGCGUCGCGGCCGUGGCCAUGGCCCAGGUCCUCGUGUCCGUCCCGAUCGGCGUGUACCUACACCGCGUGAUCUUUGGUAUCGAGCAAUUUUAUGUGCUAAACAGUGCACAAAUCAAAUCUGGCGGCGUUCUCGCCCACGGCUAAAUCCUGGCCUCCAUGCCAUCGCCGCGACACCUGCUCGAUGGCGUGGCGGUGUGGGCCUCCCGCCGCUCGAUUCAACCAGCGCACCCGACUCAAUUGUCGAUUUGCACACAGGUGUUGAACUUCCUCGGUCUGUUCAUCAUCGCGGGAAUCGGUGCGGACGACAGCUUUUUACUCUUCGACGUGUGGAAGGCAGAAGUGGACCGAGGACCGUCGAGAACAUUACCAGAGAUCCUGACGGCAUCGUAUCGCGCGGCGGGCGCGUCCAUGGCCGUCACUUCUAUUAGUAGUGCGGCGUCGUUCUUCACGAAUGCCUAUUCGACAUUGCCAGCGCUCCGGUCGUUCGGCGUCUUCGUCGGGACACUGAUCCUCGUCAACUUUGCGUUCGUGAUGCUCGUCUUUCCCGCCGCGCUCGUGCUCCGCGCACGAUGGCGACCGCCGACGCCAGCCUCUGUCGGUGUCGAUGAACCUAGCGUCUGCGUGGCGCAAUCCGUCGAGCUCACCGCGCGGUCCGCGGAGCCGGGCUCAAACCCGCUUCAAGCCGCGGCAGAGCCCCAGCCGGCCGAGGAAGAAGCUCGGCCCCUCUGGGGUCGGGUCUCGCUCAUCGUCGCGACGCCCGCCGAACUUGGAGAGGCGUUCGAACGCUUCAAGUCCUGGGCGGCCGUGGACCAAUUUUUUGGGCGCACGCUCCCGACGGCGGUGAAGCGCUUCCACAAGGUCAUCCUCGUCGCGGCGCUGGCCCUGGCGGUCAUGGGCUUCGUAUCGACGGCGGCGACCCUCGAGGCCGACGACGAGCCACCACGCUUCUUUCUCCGGAGCCACAAUUUGGGGCUGGUGCAUGACCUCGCCGAAUAUUUUGGCGCCGAGGCGGACAGAGGCGGCCUCUCCUCCGCGGGCGGCGACGUCAGCGUGGACGUUGAAGCACCUAAGCCGGCGCCGACGUCGCGCCCAAUCCCCGCGCCGACGACCAAAGUCACAAAUACGGACCCUACACUGCGACCGACGCCGCGCCCGACGGCUUUUCCACGUCCGUCGCCUUCGCACGCCCCGACGAUGACCAGAGCACCUGCCGGCACGACGAAACCAACAAUUGCGCCUACGACCGUCGCGCCGACGAGAGCGCCCGUGCCGCUGCCUACCAAAGCGCCCGUUGGGCCGCAACCGACAAUCGCGCCGACGACUUGUACUGACGACUUUUUUUGCAGCGGCGCCGGCGAAUGUAACGACGACAGUGGCGGUGUAAAUAGGUGCGAAUGCUACGCUGGUUUUUCGGGGACGCGGUGUGAGACGGAGGACUCAAAGACGCUGGAUCCCGGCGUGAUGGUCUCGCUCGACCUCGUCCACGGCCUCAAGCAGCGGCCCGGUCGCCCUACGGCCCGGUUCCGUUCCGGGCGGCCUCGGUACCGCAGAGCCUUUGAUCUGGCCGACCCGGACGUGCAAGUUUAUGUGAGAGACUCGUGUCUGAACGCGGUUGGAAAGUCGAAACUAAAAGCAAACACCGCGCACUCCGUCUGCCUCCUCGACAUCUUCGAGACCAAGUUCCUUGCGCCGAAAGGCCUGAGACUGCCGGUGGAGCCUCGCGACAAGUUCGUGGAGCUCUUCGCCGACUUUCGGCAGUCGAACGUGCUGUUGGAUGGGUCUCGCGUCGAGGAGUGGAUCGGUUUCGACUGCGCGACGAACGAGGCGACGUGGAUUCGCGACCAUAUCGUGCUGACGGUGCGCCGGGACUCGUCCGUGGAGGACCGUCUCGAUGUAUUCCGCGAGUGGCGCGACUAUCUGGACGAGCGCGCGGACGGGCGGCCGGCCGGCGUGGGACGGGCGCUGCUCGCCUCGUCGCAGGAGGUCAUGGCGAGCCUCGAGGCGAACAUCGUCGAGAAUUCGCUCGUCGCCGCGACCUUGUCGGUCUGCUCGUGCUUCUUUUGCGUUUUGGCAUUGACGCGGGCCGUCGCGCAUACCGGUCUCAUCCUGGCGUGUGUUGUGUGGAUAAAUGCUCUCCUAGCUUCGUUGAUCACGUGGAUGCUCGGCUGGAAGAUCGGCAUCAUUGAGGCUAUUUCCUUCACGAUUUUCGUGGGGGUUUCGGUCGACUACGCAUUGCACGUCGACCGCGCGUUCCGCUACGCGUGUGCGGGCGAGAUGAUCCGAGGCAGCCGCCUCCAGCAGCUCAGGCGCGCGCUCGGCGAGGUGGGCGCGCCCGUGGCGGCAGCAGCCGCCACAACCUUUGGCGCGGCCAUCUUCCUGUUGUUCUGCAUCAUUCAGCCGUUCUACAAGCUCGGGACGCUCAUUUGCGCGCACACGUUCCUCAGCGCCGUCGCCGCGCUGGUCGUACUGCCGGCCGUCCUCGUCGUCAUGCCCGACCGCAGCGUGUCGCCGGCGCCGGUCGACGACAGCGAGGCGACCGCCGUCGACGUGCCGACGACCGACGCGUUCGAGCUUCCGGGCCUCGGGCACGCCGCCACGGACGCCGGCGAGGGAGACACGGCGCGCGCGUCGCGCGACGACGUCAAGGGUCCCAGGCACGAGCCUGGAGAAGACCUGCUCUGAAAUCCUUACUGCUACUCUGCAUCUAAUUGAAGUUUUAGCUGCUGCUACUACGGCUAGUGCUCGAUGCGCUGGUCUUCAAGUUGGUACUACUUGUAGUGCUAGAGUCCAAUUCUACGACCAGUCCGGGGUCUGACCGUCUGAGGCUCGGGUCUCGACUCGAGUCAGGCUUUCGAGAGGACCAUUGCUCCGAGGGCCCCGGGCCCGGGUUCGGAAAGCGGUUCGGAGCUCGGCUGGCCAGCGAAGUGGCCAGGCACCGACUUCAGCGCCACAAGACGGGGUAAGUUCAGGGGCGAUUGCUGGGAUAAUCCCGUUCUCAG